AUGGAUCUCAUAGCGCUAGUCACCGAUGAGGAGAGCCUCGACGUCUACAGAAUUAAUGGUCAAAGAGCGUUUGGGUUAAAAAGGAAGAGCGAGGAAUUGCGCGUCGAUGCGCUGCAAUGGGAGUUCAAUGGCAAGAGUAUCGCGGUCAGUUGGAGCGAUGGAAGCACGGACUUGGUGAGUGCCGAGACGGGGAAGGUCACGCACAAGGACGUCAUGCUGCCGGAAGUCGAAAGAGCCACUAGUAGCAUGACAGAAGAAGAGGCUCCUGCCAGGGUAAGGUGCAUAGGCUGGGGCCUGAACUUCAUCAACGUGGAGACUGUGAAGAAGCGGACAGGCUUGAAGCCGAAGAAUGCUAAUGGCGGUACGCCUGCAAAGACUGAUGUAUUUGGCAAUCCGACGACGGAGGAAUGGGAUGCGUUCAAGGAUGAUACUACGCUGGAGGACUUUCUGCAGCGACAGCCAGACUUUCAGACCUUGGAUAUCGCGCCUGACCUACCUGAUCAGCUUGCUAUGAUGGAUAUGGAGUCGGUGCUACCCAAAAUCCCCGCAAUUCCCCUUGCACCAGCAUUACCCUUCAUGCGCGUCUCACAAGCGGAUACUGGAGCGUUCAGUUCGCAAGCUGAGGUGGACUCGCUUUUGCAUUCGCAUCAUCUGAAAGACCACAACUCUGUCGACAUGUUCAUUCGACUGACCGAUAGCGGAACCGUCCAUCCUUCAAUAUACGAUUCACUCGAAACAGUCAACGUCCAGCUUCCGAGAUCCUGGAACAUGUCGAGCACGCCAAUACUGCACACGAGCCAUCCGUACAGCUGCACACACAGCCUCUUGAUGCAGACAUCAUCCACCACUUCACCCCAAAAGAAGAGCAUCGCCUACAUCCCUCUGACACUGAACUUCAUCCCCUCCGCAGGCAUCUAUCUACACCUCAUUGCCGCAAAGACAUCACAGCUCCAGAACCUUCUCCUCUACAUCACCCAAACCCUCCAACGCGUCCGCGCCUUCUUCAAGCACGCUCAAGACCUACCCCGAAAAUUCAUGAUGAAUAUUAGCGAAACACUCGAGGAAAAAGAACUGGGUGAUCUCGUGACAAACCUCUUCCACACAGCAUGCACAGGAAACUGCCAUCCCGUUCUCAAAGAAUGGCUUGUCGACGAACUGGCAGAAGCAGGUCAUAAACGCUGGGACAACACCGUUACUUCCUCCUUCACCACGCUUCUCGCUUUGCUCCACGAGAACCUCAUCCCAGCACUUGACCGUUGCUCGAUCGUCAUCUCGCGUCUACGUGGACUUGCGCAAUUCCACGAUCGAGAUUGGAUCUUCAGUGGACCAAUGACUGAUUUCUCGUCGCUAUUGGAGACGCUGAAGAAUAUGCGGUUACUCGCGCACACGGCUAUGUUGUACGCAUCAGAAGAGAAGAGACAGUUCCACAGCUUCAGUAAAUGGCUGAGAUUUACCAUUGACUUCGAGGCUACGGAGUUGGACUCGCAGUCUAGAGCUGAAAUGGAACAGCGCGACCCGGGGGUCGACGUUUCGCAAGUAUUGGCGUAUAUCCAGUAUGGGCUUACCAAGUCGGAUGUUACGCCGUUCUUCAGAGCAGAGGCGCAACUGGAUGGUAAAGCCAAGGCUCGGGAGGCUGCGAGCUAUGAGGAUACGAAAAAGGCUAUUGAGUUGUUGAGGGAAGGUGCGACGUUCAAAGAAGAGGCGUUGUGCUUAGAACAUGUUCUUGGGCAUUUGAGCACAGGGGUUACGGGACUGCUCAAGCAAAUUAGCAGGUGGCAAGAAGCCAAUAUCCAGAUGGACUCUGGUGUUGUUCUUGGAGAGGUUGGCGAGGGCGGGGAUAUGAGCGUACUGGAUAUGCGAAUGGUGUUUGAGCCAUCAUCAACCUCAGACAGCAUGAGUACCUACGUCGCCGUCUCAUCACCGUCUUCACCCGCCCUCCUACACAUCCACCGCCUCUUGCACGCACAGAGUAUAUCCAACCUACAGAGAGACAUACACGCGUACGCCAUCUCCACCCUCGACUUCUCUUCCGCCUCUCAAUCGACCAAAGACAUCAAGAUCCUCGACGCGAAGUUCGCAGACGACUCCUUCCUCCUCAUCCUCUUGCAGCUACCCCUGGAGGACAAAUCGCUAUCAAACGUCAUAGUCUCCCUAGCGUACACACCCGCCGCCAAUGACGUACCUCACCAGCACCCUCUCAUUAUCUACACACCACUUCCGCAUACUUCGCUACAGCAACAUCUCCUCCCGCAAGGUACACCCCCGCCGUCGCCACGCAACAAAAUAUCCUUGACGCGAGAGUUGAUUCAGAAACACACGCAACAUGUCUUUGAGGGCCGCUUUACUCCGAUGAAGUUGGUUGUGAAUGGCAGGAAGGGCAGGAGAGUUAUUGUUGUGUUGGGCCAUGAUAGGAAACAUUAUCGUGUGUUGGACAUGGACUACAGGAUGAGGAAGAAGAACAAGGAAGACGGGGAUGAGGGUAGUGGAAGUGGAAGCGGCAGUGAGAGCGAUGCGGACGACAGAGAUGGCGAUGUGGAAAUGGGCGGAGCGUGA